GAAACCUGGAAGCAAGAGGUCUCAUAAGUGCACACAGUUGUAACGCCAAAUCCUUUUUAUUUCUUUAUCCAUUUUGUCAAAUGACGCAUUCAGAUCUCCAUAUUUUCCCUUUCAAUCUCCAUUCCUCUUCAUUCCAAACUCUCUGAAGCUAAGGAUUCUCCGGUGAUUUUUCCGUCUACUUUCUCAUUGAUUAGCUAUCGGCGACUAUGUUUCUCGUCGACUGGUUCUACGGCGUCCUAGCGUCGCUCGGCCUGUGGCAAAAAGAGGCCAAGAUUCUUUUCCUUGGCCUCGAUAAUGCGGGGAAGACCACUCUCCUUCACAUGUUGAAGGACGAGAGACUAGUGCAGCACCAGCCGACUCAACACCCGACCUCAGAGGAGUUGAGUAUUGGGAAAAUCAAAUUCAAGGCUUUUGAUCUAGGAGGCCACCAGAUUGCUCGCAGAGUCUGGAAAGAUUAUUAUGCCAAGGUGGAUGCAGUAGUUUACCUGGUUGAUGCCUAUGAUAAAGAGAGGUUCGUCGAAUCAAAGAAGGAGCUCGACGCCCUCCUUUCAGACGAAGCGCUGGCUGAUGUUCCAUUCCUUGUGCUUGGAAACAAGAUCGACAUCCCUUAUGCAGCUUCAGAAGAUGAGCUAAGAUAUCACCUGGGUUUGACCAAUUUCACAACUGGCAAGGGAAAGGUCACUCUUACAUUGACAAACGUUCGACCGCUCGAGGUUUUUAUGUGUAGCAUCGUCCGGAAGAUGGGUUAUGGGGAUGGGUUCAAAUGGCUCUCCCAAUAUAUCAAGUAGGUGCCAACAUUGGGCAAUUAGCAUCCAUCAUUCCAUGUAGGUUAUCACCUUUGCCAGACAGAGAUUAAUUUUGGAAGAAAAUUGUUUACAAGUUUGGCAGCUCAAUAUUUGUUCUAUUGGAACUAGGUUUUGUUGUCAUGAUUUUCUCUGAUUAUUGGGUUUUUCCUUGUUUAGUGACAUUAUUGUUGCAUUAAACUCUCAAUAAAGUUCGUAGAUCAACGACUUCUAUAGAAUUAAA